UACAAAUUUCAAACUUGAAUUAAAAAUGUCGAUUGAAUAUGUUGCCAUUGCAUGCAACCGAACCAGUCAUGCCAUAGACUGGUCUAUAGAUGGUCAAAUGGCUUUUGCUGCCGGAAACUUUGUAUGCAUGUAUAGACCACAGGCACCUUCAAACGCUGGAGCAUCGCAUACACUAAAAGGGCAUUCUGCAGAUGUCACUUGUGUAGCAUUCGUGCGACAAGGAUCCAAUUGCUCCCAGUCUGAAGGAAAUCUCAUUAUUUCUGGAUCUGCUGACAAGUCAUGUAUUGUUUGGCGCAAACAUCCUUCUGGCCAAUGGGAACUCUCGUGUAAAGUAACUGGGCAUACCAACGGAGUUGUGACAUUGGCCGUUGUGCAAGGAAAAGAUAAUUUUAACGAGAAUGGUGACUGGGUUGCUACAUCUGCCUCGGAUGGAACAAUUUGCAUUUGGAAACUAUUAACCAAUGUAGAUGGAAAAGAUGAAAUGCAGCUUAUGCAGACUAUCUCCAUGGGAAACCAUCAUAUGAUGGCACUUGCACUGGCCUAUUUGCCAAACUCCACAACCUUGACUCUUUUAGCUGGUGGUACAGACAAGAAGAUUCAUGCGUUUGUUCAUGAAAAUGACAAAUUUAAAAAGGUUUUGUCGCUAUCAGAGCAUACUGAUUGGAUUCGUUCUAUAAAGAUUGCCACUUUACCAUGUACUUUGACUAAAGAAGAAUCGCACAAACAUGCAUCCGAGUAUGGAUGUUUGAUGGUUGCCACUGCUUCUCAAGAUCGGCAUAUUCGAAUUUGGAAAAUUUCUACUACCUCGUUAACCGGCAACGCUUCGGACACUCUAGCCAAUGAUUCGUCAACUCAAAAUCCAGUCGAUGAAGCAAUUUUAGCUUUGGAAAAUAUGAAUCCUGAUUUUCCUGCUGAUUGGACCCAACUGACUACCAAGGCACAUCAAUUCAAGAUUCUUUGCAAUUCAGAGACUCAAUCUUACACAAUGAUGCUUGAUGCUCUUUUGAUGGGCCAUGAUGACUGGGUGCACAGUGUGAAUUGGCAACCAGCUGUAUGGAGAACAGAUGAGCUUACUAAAGAAAAAACGUAUCAUCAGCCCCUAACUCUCAUCAGCGCAUCUGCAGACAAAUCGAUUAUGGUUUGGCAGCCUGAUACUCACAGUGAAUCGUGGAUUUACAAAGCUAGAUUGGGUGAGGUUGGUGGAGCUACACUUGGCUUUUAUGGAGCUAUUUUUUCACCGUUAGGAGAUAUGAUUGUGUCCAAUGGAUAUAAUGGAGCUCUUCAUAUUUGGAAACGUUCAGAUGAUAGUUACACUAGUUGGUCUCCAUCUAUUGGAAUCAGUGGUCAUUUUUCUUCAGUUGAAAAUAUUGCUUGGGAUCCAUCUGGAACAUAUUUGCUUUCUACAAGUUUAGAUCAGACCACUCGUGCAGUUGGAUACUGGAAGCGGGAUAACGCUAUAUCAUGGCAUGAAAUUGGCCGUCCUCAGAUUCAUGGAUACGAUCUGCACUGCCUUUCAUUCAUACACAAAUAUCAGUUUAUUUCUGGAGCUGAUGAGAAAGUGCUGCGAGUGUUUUCAGCACCGCGUGCGUUUGCUGAGACUGUGGAGAACCUCACUGGCAUCGCUGAGCUUCCAGAUGAAAUGGCAAAUGCGGGUGCUACAAACUCUACUCAAGUUAAUCCCAACAUCUCUGCCUUUUCUGCAGUAUCUAGUCCUCAAGCAGCAUUGUCGGAUGCUUUAGUUCAACCUCCAUUUGAGGAGCAUCUUUUGCAGCAUACUUUGUGGCCAGAAGCCAACAAACUAUAUGGACAUGGAUACGAAAUCAUAUCUGUAGCUUCCAGCAGCGAUGGAACUCUUGUUGCAUCAGCUUGCAAGGCUGCAAAAUCAGAACACGCGGCAGUGCGACUAUGGUCAACAUCGACUUGGAAAGAAGUGUGCCCACCUCUUUCAUUUCACACUCUUUCUGUAACGUGUAUUCAGUUUUCGCCAAAUGGUCAGUAUGUUCUUACGGCUGGUCGUGAUCGUGGAUGGGCUCUGUUUAAUGUAUCCAAUGCCCUUAAAGACGGUACUUAUAUUUUGGAAGCCUUUCAGGAAAAGGCACAUGCUCGUAUUAUUUGGUCAGCCAAAUGGCUACCAGACAGCAAUCAUUUUAUUACUGCAUCUCGUGAUAAGCAAGUCAAAAUAUGGGCAAGAUCUGAUAGCAAUUGGACCGUAGUAGCAACGCUAAAGUUUGACGAGAGUGUGACAAUGAUUGACAUUUGUCCAAUCUUGGUAGCCAAUAGAUAUCUGUUGGCUGUUGGUUUGGAAACCGGAGAUAUUCAUCUGCGUCAGAUUUGGGAAGAACCUGAUAAAAAGUGGCAGUCUGUAGCACAUUUCCAAGAUAUUCCAAAAGCCGACUCGCAUGCUACUACUAUCAAAGGUCUGUCGUGGCGACCACAGACUGAUGGCACAGUCCAAUAUCUGGCAUCUUGUAGCGAAGAUCAUAGUGUGCGUUUGUUUAGGAUAAACCAAAUGCUAUGAUACCUUGCCGUGAUUGAAAUUACAAAAAUGAAAUUGCAUGUGAACG